CCGGACUAUUUUUCGCAAUCGUCUCGGCCACCUCCAUAACGGAACUCAUCAUGCUGCACGUAAACGUAACGGAAUUAUUACGCGCUAUUCAGCAAUAAAUAUGCAGAUCAAGCAGAUAUGGACGGAAAAGAUGUCGCCCCUCUCAUUAAAAUUGAACCAAAACAAGAAGAAGAAAUCCAUUACGAUCUUCAAGGAACCAUUUUACUAAGCAACGAAGCAUUGGUUACAAUAAAGGACGAAAUUACCAUUACUGCACAGUGUUCCAAAUUGUUUGAUAAUGAAGAAGUACCACAACAAACUGAUUGUGAGUGGAAUAUUAAAACUGAAAUUACGACUGAUUGUGAAUGUGACUUCGGUCAACACACAACAAAUAGCUUUCACUGUGCUCAUUGUGGUUAUGGUUAUGGAACAAGAAAUAAACAAAUGGUUCAACAGCACAUGCUACAAUGUGCUAAUCGUGAUUACAAGACCAGUAACAGAAACCACUUUAAACGAGACCUCUUAGAACAUACCUAUUCUAAAUAUUUUAAAUGUGCUAAUUGUGAUUAUGUGACAAAUUACAAAUCUCAUUUGAAACAGCACCUUUUACAACAUGCCGAUUCUAAAGAAUUUAAAUGUUCUAAUUGUGAUUACGAGACAAAGGAGAAAUCCAACUUGAAACGACACUAUUUAACACAUACCAAUUCUAAAGAAUUUAAAUGUGCUAGAUGUGAUUAUGAAACAAAUAACAAAUACUACUUUAAACAACACCUUUUAAAAUACACCGAUUCUAAAGAUUUUAUAUGUGCUAAUUGUGAUUACAAGACAAAUAACAAAUACGGCUUUAAACGACACCUCUUAACUCAUACCGAUUCUAAAGAAUUUAAAUGUGCUAGAUGUGAUUACAAGACAAAUAACAAGUACAACUUUAAACGACACCUCUCAAAAUAUACCGUUUCUAAAUAUUUCAAAUGUGCCAAUUGUGAUUACGAAACAAACGACAAGUCCAACUUGAGACGACACCUUUUAAAGUAUACCGAUUCUAAAAAAUUUAAAUGUGCUAAUUGCGAUUAUGAGACAAAUGACAAACAACACAUUCAACGACACCUUUUAACACACACCAAUUGGAAACAAUUUAAAUGUGCUAAUUGUGAUUAUGAGACACAUCACAAAUCCUGUCUUAAACUACACCUUUUAAAACAUAGUGUCUAACUAAUUGUGAUUAUGCGGCUGCGAAAAUUCUCAGAAUGCAAUUGCUCGAAAUCAAUUGCUCGAAAUCAUUUGCUCGAAAAUCAAUUGCUCGAAAGUCAAUUUUCUCGAAUUACAAAUUCCUCGAACGGCAAUUGCUCGAAAACGGUUUGCUCGAAUUAAGUUCGCAAUUAACUUAAAUUUAUGCAUGCGUGAUCAAGUGAAAGGUCUUCCAUACGUUUUGCCUAUACUAUGCUUAUACCUAAAGAGAUGUACUUCACAUCCGUUCAGUAGUGUGGUCAUGAUAAUGAAAAUAACCUGAACAUAAAAAGUGAGAACAUAUAUUGUUGAUUUGGGUUCUUGGGUUUUAAAAAUUAAAAAAACAAGUGUCCAUAUUGGUGAAAGUCAUUCAAUAUAUGUAAUAUGAGGUAUGCACCAUAAUAAGGUUUUCUUGGAGAAAGCAAGUCAUGAUCAGUUAAAUGUAAUUAAUGAUUAUUCAUCUUCUCACGAAUGAUUUCAUUAUGUUAAUCUGCAUUAGGGUUUUCAUUAGAGUGUAUAAUAAUUGCUCCGUAAUUAUCCUUAGGUUAAUGAGAUGGUUGUUAUUAGAAAUGAUGGUUAUUCCUAAUAGGUGAUUAACAUCAGAAUGCUUACAAUGAAAUUUGGAAGGAGAAAUUCCCUAUAAAUAGCCUAGUAACCCAAAAACGUUUGUUAGUUCAAAAUUUGAAAGCUCACAAGUGAACAUGGCGUUAGAGUUCGUGUCCAGUGAGAAAGGGAAAUCCAAGUUGUUUUUCGAAAGUUUUUUGUUUAUCAAGGAUAAACAAGUUGAUACCAAAAUUUAUUGGAAGUGCGAGCACUCCAAGAAAAUGAAGUGCAAAGCUCGUGUGAUUACGGUGAAUAACUUUGUGUCGUCAAGCAAUAACGACCACAACCACAAUGCCGACGCAGCGCAGCUGGAAGCCAAUAAGGUCAUGCAGAAAAUAAAGGAAGACGCAGAAAACACAAGAGAUACACCUCAGUUCAUUGUGUCCCAAGCUUCUGCUGGUUUGGGAAAUGCAGUUGCAGCUAAAUUACCAACAGUCAACAAUAUUAAGCGGACCAUUAGGAACGUCAGAGUGAGAGAAAACGUUGCACCGGCCAUACCAAGACAUCGGGAGGAGAUCAUUUUCCCAGAAGAGUUUACAAUUACCACAAACGGCGAACUUUUUCUCCUGCACGAUUCAGGGCCAGUAAAUGACAGAAUUCUGAUUUUUUCAACCGCACGUAACAUCAACCUUCUGGCGAUGUCCCAGCAUUGGUAUGCCGACGGCACAUUCAAAGUAGUUCCACCGCUUUUUCUACAGCUCUAUACCAUCCACGGGAUAAAAGACCAUGUAGCUAUCCCUUUAAUAUAUGCUCUUCUACCAAAUAAGACAGAGCAAACCUACUUAAAUCUUCUUCGAGAAAUAAAAAACCUACUUCCAGCUGAUGAUGCACAACCACAGACCAUCAUGACAGAUUUCGAAGUAGCAAUGAUAAAUGCCAUAAGAAUUGAGUUCCCGCAAACCAUACAUCGUGGAUGCUUCUUUCACCUCUGUCAAAGUAUUUUCCGACACAUUCAGGAAAAUGGCUUAAAACGGGAGUACGAGAGAAAUCCAGAAGUUGCGUUGACAUUAAAACUGCUUCCAGCCUUGGCAUUCGUUCCACCUCAAGAUGUAAUUCCUGCUUUUGAAGACAUUUGCGAGCAAAACAUUUUUUCUCCUGAACUGCAAGUUAUUGUUGAUUAUUUCGAAGACACGUGGAUCGGUCGCCCUCAACGACGUGGACGGCGCCCGCCCCAUUUCGCGAUCAACAUGUGGAAUUGUUUCGAUGCCGUACAACAUGGACUUCCAAAAACAAACAACGCAGUGGAGGGAUGGCAUCGAGCUUUCCAAAUGCAACUGUGUGCAGACCAUCCAAACAUCUGGAAAUUUAUUUCGGCAUUAAAGAGGGAGCAGAGUAUAAACGAAUUACGAAUAGAGCAACAUAUCAGCGGGCAACCACCUACCAUCAGUCGUAAGGUAUACCGUGAUUGUGCACAAAGACUUUUAACACUAGUAAAUAGUUAUGCACCUGACAUAAAUAUAUAUGAUUAUGUUCGUGGAAUAGCACAUAAUAUAUCAUAUUGACAACAUGUAAUUUUUGUUUUUCAUAAUAUGUACCUUCCUAACUGUAUCACAUUCCUAUA